GCGCAAAACUGCCCAAGCCUUCUGCUGGCGGCGGUUGGCGGCGCGCGGCGCCGGCGAGCUGUUGGCGUGAGCAGAACCGGGAGGAGGCAGCUGGAGCCGGCGCCAUGGUGGAGAAGGAGGAAGCUGGUGGCGGCAUCAGCGAGGAGGAGGCGGCGCAGUAUGACCGGCAGAUCCGCCUGUGGGGAUUGGAGGCCCAGAAACGGCUGCGGGCCUCCCGGGUGCUUCUUGUCGGCAUGAAAGGACUUGGGGCUGAAAUUGCCAAGAACCUCAUCCUGGCAGGAGUGAAAGGACUGACGAUGUUGGAUCAUGAACAGGUAUCACCAGAAGAUCCUGGAGCUCAGUUCCUGAUUCGUACUGGGUCUGUUGGCCGAAAUAGGGCUGAAGCCUCUUUAGAGAGAGCCCAGAAUCUCAACCCCAUGGUGGAUGUGAAGGUGGACACUGAGGAUAUAGAGAAGAAACCUGAGUCAUUUUUUACUGAGUUUGAUGCUGUGUGUCUGACUUGCUGCUCCAGGGAUGCCAUGGUUAAAAUUGACCAGAUCUGUCACAAAAAUAGCAUCAAAUUCUUUACAGGAGAUGUUUUUGGCUACCAUGGCUACACAUUUGCCAAUCUUGGAGAACAUGAGUUUGUAGAGGAGAAAACCAAAGUUGCCAAAGCUAGCCAAGGAGUAGAAGAUGGACCUGACACCAAGAGAGCAAAAGUUGAUUCUUCUGAGACAACUAUGGUCAAAAAGAAGGUGGUCUUCUGCCCUGUGAAAGAAGCACUGGAGGUAGACUGGAGCAGUGAUAAAGCAAAGGCUGCUCUGAAGCGCACAACUUCUGAUUACUUUCUCCUUCAAGUGCUCCUGAAAUUCCGCACAGAUAAAGGAAGAGAUCCUAGUUGUGACACAUAUGGGGAAGAUUCUGAGUUGUUGCUCCAGAUAAGAAAUGAUGUGCUUGACUCACUGGGUGUCAGUCCUGACCUGCUUCCUGAGGACUUUGUCAGGUAUUGCUUCUCCGAGAUGGCCCCAGUGUGUGCAGUGGUUGGAGGGAUUUUAGCACAGGAAAUUGUGAAGGCUCUGUCUCAAAGGGAUCCUCCUCACAACAAUUUCUUCUUCUUUGAUGGCAUGAAGGGCAGUGGAAUUGUGGAGUGCCUCGGCCCCAAGUAAACCUAAACCCCAAGGCUUGACGGGCCUGGAGAUUGUGACCCAAAGCAGGCCACAUGUAUUCCCUUUCCCUCCCUCCCAUGAAGGCCUCUCCAGGGAUGAGUGAAGUCUGGCCCAUGCAAAGCAUUUCCUGUGAGCAAGGAGGUGGUGCUUCCUGUCACCAGCAGCUGCUAUGCAAGGGCGCAGGGAUGGCUGUCUCCAUUCCAGCACUAUUCAGGCUAUCUGCCACCCCAGGCCUGCCCUAGCUACCCCACAGGGUGAUCACCUUGAAACACCCCCUUUCUGUCUUGAUGUCCUCACAGUGUCAUCAACCUCCUAGGGUAUUGUUGGAGACACGUUCUAGAAAUAAGCUAGUACUGUUGCUUGGGAGCCUCUUGCCACCUUCUUAGACUUAUUCUCCACCUGAUGUCAUAUAGAAAGGAACAUGACUACAGGUGGAGAGUAAGGCGCAGGCCCAAUAAAAUACCCGUGGAACCACAGUUCCAAAUUCAGACAGGUGCCCUUAGAGAAAAGCAUGACAGGCGGAAUGUGUUUCCUCCAAAGUUUGAGAUCCUGACAAACAACAGGUGGCAUUGGGUGUGCUGUUCUUGAGUGUUAGUUUAGGAUUAGUCUUGUUCCAGCCUGGCUUUUCAAAGAGAGGAAAUGUUACCAACUCUAAGAUAGUAGGGUAAGUCCUUGUAAACCGAGUAUUAGUGAAGGAGCUUGUUUUAAAAAGGCAAAUUCCUUCUGGGCUGAGGUGGAGGAACCUGCCCUUUUAACAGAGCGCUGGUGUAGCACAGACCAUUGUGGAGGUCCUUCCAUUUAAGGGCUGUGUCAUUUCCUCAUUUAUCCCCUGAAUCACAGAUGUUUGUGUUUUACAUGUUUUCUAAAUUUUCUUUUGUUCUUUGAAAAGGAAUGAUAAUAAAGUUAUUUGCUUUA